AUGAGUACUGCACAACUGGAAGUAGAAACUAUUUCUGCUUUUAAUAAUAGUAGUAAUAAUGAUAACAAUACUCAAUUAUAUCCAGAAAUGGAUCUUAAACAAGCAAAUAUUUUAGCUACAGGGUUAAAUAAAAAACAGUUAAGAGUUGUUAACGGUCUUGGAUCCUUAAUGGGUUCGAAAGAAAUGACUGAUUUGAAUGAUGAUUCAAGAGAAAGAAUACAUAUUUCCGAACAGCCAUGGACUUGGAAUAACUGGUAUCAAAAAUUGAAUUGGUUGAAUAUUACCUUGGUUAUAUUGAUUCCGUUAUCUGGAUUUAUCGUGGCGCUAUCUGGACUGGUUCCUCUUCAACGUAAUGUCUUGAUGUUUGCUAUCUUCUAUUAUGGUCUUGGUGGUAUUUCUAUCACUGCUGGUUACCACAGAUUGUGGUCCCACAGAUCAUACGACGCAAGCUGGCCAUUACGUUUGAUCUAUGCUUUCUUUGGUGCUGCUUCCGUCGAAGGUUCCAUUAAAUGGUGGGGCCAUUCACACAGAAUCCAUCACAGAUACACAGAUACACCAAGAGACCCAUAUGAUGCCCGUCGUGGUCUAUUUUUCUCCCAUAUGGGUUGGAUGAUUAUGAAACCAAAUCCAAAGAAUAAGGCAAGAGCAGAUAUCUCCGACUUGAAUACUGACUGGAUUGUUAGAUUCCAACACCGCCACUAUAUCCUUAUCAUGCUGUUAGCUGCCUUUGUUGUGCCAACUGUGGUCUGCGGCUAUUUCUUUAAUGAUUAUCUUGGUGGGUUUAUUUAUGCUGGUGUCAUUAGAAUCUUCUGCAUUCAACAAGCUACUUUCUGUAUUAACUCCAUGGCUCACUACAUUGGUGCACAACCAUUUGACGACAGAAGAACUCCACGUGACAAUUGGCUAACUGCUUUAGUUACCUUUGGUGAAGGUUAUCACAACUUCCAUCAUGAAUUCCCAACUGACUACAGAAAUGCUAUUAGGUGGUACCAAUACGAUCCAACAAAGGUUUUAAUCUAUACCACAUACUUAUUAGGGCUUGCUAAAGGUUUGAAGAAGUUCCCACAAAAUAUCAUUGAUCAAGGUGUUCUACAGCAAAAACAAAAGAAAUUGGACAGAAUUAAGCAAAGAUUAGACUGGGGUCCAUCAUUAACUGACUUACCAGUUUGGGAUCAUGAAGAGUUUGAAGAACAGUCGAAAUCUAGACCUGGUUUGGUCAUUAUUGGUGGAAUUGUUCAUGAUAUAUCUUCUUAUAUCGAAGAACAUCCUGGAGGUGAAACGUUGAUUAAAGCUGCUAGAGGUAAAGAUGCUACAAAGGCUUUUACUGGUGGUGUUUACCGUCACUCAAAUGCCGCACACAAUACUCUAACACAAUUUAGAGUGGCUGUCUUAAAGGAAAGAUCUAAUGCUGCUAAUCUAUUUGUUGCUAGGAGAGGUGAACUCAAUCAAAAGAAGAAUAUUUAA